UGUACCGACGAAGACUUUGACUGAGCUGAGCAGACCGAAAUUCCCGACCCCCUUCUUCCUCCUCCCACUCCCUCUCUCCUCCCUUCUGCUCUCUCCAGAUCCCCAAACCCCCGAUGCUCUUCAGACAAGUGAACCAAAUGUGCUAGAUCCACCACCACGCAAGAGAGAGAAGGUAGGAGGAGCCAGCCAAGCCAUGGCGGAGCUGGCGGUGGGGCUGGCCAAGUCGGUGGUGGCGGGGACGCUGAGCAAGGCGCACGCGGCGGUGCAGGAGGAGGCCAAGCUGCGCCUCAGCGCGCGCCGGGACCUCGUCUUCAUCACGGAGGAGUUCGAGAUGAUGCAGUCCUUUCUCAACGUCGCCAACGCGGAGCGCGUCGAGAACCCGGUGGUGCGGACCUGGGUGCGCCAGAUCCGCGAGCUGGCCUACGACGUGGAGGACUGCAUCGAGCUCGUCGUCCACCUCGACAAGGGCAAGACCAGCUUCUGCUUCCGCCUCCGCCGGCUCUGCGUCCCCUGGGCGCGCCCGCCGCGCCCGCCGGCUCUGGACCAGGCGGUGGACGAGAUAGAGCAGCUCAAGGCCAGGGUCGCCGACGUCAGCACCAGGAACGCGCGCUACAGCCUCAUCAGCGACACUGGCUCCAGGCCCGUCCCGCAGCAGCAGCUGACGGCGGCAGCCGCCGCCGGCGACACGGACAUGCUCGCCGAGGCGAGGGAUGCCGCCCGGAGAGAGCACCACGUCCUCGAUCUCACCCAGCUCAUCACCAGACAAGUCAGUGACGACCACGACCUUCAGGUGAUCUCCAUCUGGGGCUCCGCCGGCGAAAAUGGGACCACAUCCAUCAUAACCAAGAGCUACAUUGACCCAGAGAUCUGCAGAACCUUCACCCACCGCGCCUGGGUGAAGCUAAUGCGUCCUUUCAGUCCCCAAGAUUUCAUCCGGAGCUUGAUGCUCCAGUUCUGUGCAGCCACAGGUACAGAUGUGCUAACAAUGAUGCAGGAAACCCAGGAAGUUCUCUUCAGGGGCUUCCAGGAGCUACUUACACAGACACAGGGGAGGUACCUCCUCGUCGUGGAAGACCUGUCAAACAUGGCCGAUUGGCAUUCUUUGAAGACUUUCCUUCCGGACAGGAUGAAAGGAAGCUGGAUCGUCGUGUCCACGCAGCAACCCGAAGUAGCAAGCUCGUGCAUCGGGGCCCCGUACCAGAUACUAGAGCUCAAACAGUUCUCGCCCGAGCACUCUGUUUGUGCCCUCUUCAAGAAGGGUUCUCCUGACGGUGGAGAUAAAGGCAAGAAACCAGCUGACAAUGAUUCUUUUCUCGUUGGACGUGAGUCACAAAUGAAAGAACUUUCUGAAUAUCCAGCAAAAGCACGUAUAAGGUCUUGCCAAGUUGUGUCUGUAUGGGGGAUUGCGGGUGUUGGGAAAUCAGCUCUGGUGAAAAAGUUGUACGAUGAGAAAAUGUGCUAUACAAAACUAUUUGAGAAGUAUCGCUGGGUGAAUGUAUCUCAUCCAUUCAAUUUAAGGGAUUUCCGUCGGAGCUUACCUCCGGAUUUUCAUUUUAAGGAAUCAAGGUGGCUCAUUGUUAUUGAUGAUAUCCGGUCCAAAAAAGAAUGGGACUUGAUACAGUCUUCUUUGGCAAUGCCUAGAUCCUCUAUGAGUGUUAUUUUAGUCAUUACAACUGAUAAAAGCAUUGCUGCAUAUUGUGCAAAUAGCGAAGAGCUCAUGUUUAAUGUCAAAGGUCUAGAAGCUGCAGCAGCCUUACGUCUGUUCAGAGCUGAGGUAUCCAAGACAAAUCCAUCUGUCACGACAGCUCUAGAAGAUUUCCAAGUACAAGAACUUAUUUUGAAGUGUGGAGGUCUCCCCAAAGUAAUUGUUGCCAUAGCAGGCGCAUUGGCCAAACAAACGGUCACAUGGAUGGAUACUGUAGUUUCUUUGAAUCAGAGAUUUAUGCACCACCUGCAGACCAAGCCAGACUAUGAUAGUUUACGUGCUCUAUUUGGUUGGAUGCAUUCCUACUUCCACACUUGCCCAGAUUCACUCAAGCCAUGCAUCUUCUACCUGUCAAUCUAUCCUCGAGACCACCCCGUUCGGCGAAGGAGACUAGUAAGGCGGUGGAUUGCAGAGGGCUACUCCAGGGACGGCGAUGAAGAAUCAGCGGAGGAGAAUGGGGAGAGGCAGUUUUCCGAGCUCCUUGAUCUGAGCAUAAUCCAGCAGCUACCGCACUUAGUCACCAAUGCAUUGGACACAAGGAUGGUGUUAUGUCAGGUCAAUGGUUUCAUCCGCGAGUACAUCAUCCCGCGGCGAAAAGAAGAGAACCUUAUGUUUGAGCUGGGGGCUAAUUGUGCCCUAACCACUCGGCGCACAGGACGCCACCUUAUCAUAUUACACGACUGGAACAGAGACAGAAUUGUGUUUGAGAGCAUGGAUUUCUCGCGGCUGAGGUCACUAACAGUGUUUGGGAAGUGGGAAUCCUUCUUCAUCUCUGAAAAUAUGUUUCUUCUUCGGGUGCUUGAUCUAGAGGAUGCAUCAGGUUUAGAUUACGAUGAUCUUGAGAACAUAGUAAAAUGGCUGCGUCGCCUCAAGUUCCUCUCAUUGCGAGGACGGCGUGAGAUCCACCAUCUGCCGGGCAAUAUGGAUCAUCUGAGGCAACUGCAGACUUUGGAUGUCAGAGGCACCUCCAUAGUCACCCUGCCAGAGAACAUCACGAAGUUGCAGAAGCUGCAGUACAUUCGUGCUGGCACCAACGACGUCCCAGCAUCUACAUCGCCGCCUAGUGCAUCCAACUGGCUACCCAAAAUCUGCGCAUGCCAUCAUAGAGUUGGCGUUGAGGUGCCUGCAGGAAUUGGGAAACUAACGGCAUUGCACACGCUUGGUGUUGUGAAUGUUGCUGCUUCAGGAGGGAAGGCCAUGGCGAAAGCCCUCAAGAAGCUCACACAGUUACGCAAGCUCGGAGUGUCUGGCAUCAACAGGAAGAACAUCAAAGAGUUUUUCUCUGCAAUCAAGGGGCAUGUUCAUCUGGAAUCAUUGUCAGUCCGGCUUGACAAGGACAAUCAAGGCUGUUUCUUGGAUGAUGAGAUAUCCUUGCCCUGGAAGAAUCUACGGAGUCUUAAAUUGUAUGGGCUCCAAGAUAGGUUGCCGUUACUAAGGGGCCUUGAAUAUCAGCAAGUAUUGAGUGACCAGUUCAGCAAACUCACGAAGAUGGAUCUGGAGAUGGCCACUUUAAAUGAACAAGACAUCAAAUUCCUUGGUGAGGUGCCGAAACUAUGCAUUCUACGCCUUCGUAUCAAGCAGCCCAGUCUAAAUUUUAUCGUCAAGAUAGAUGCAAGCGUGUUGGCCGCCUACAAAAAGGUCAAGAUCCUCGAGAUUGGUUGCAGCUCCAGCCCAUUAUCAGUGGAAUUUGGAUCAGAGACAAUGAAAAAUCUUGAGCUGCUCAAGCUUGACUGCUCCAGUGGGACAACAUACGCUCUUGAUGGCCUGGAUUUUCUAUCUGAACUCAAAGAAGUCUCGCUUAUUGGUAGCAAGGAUGGUACAUUCAACACUGAACUGACGAACAAACUCGGCAAACACCCAAAGAAACCUGUCUUGAAGAUGGAGGAAUUACCACUUCCGUGCUGAAGGGCUAUUUUUUUUUAUGAUUGUUCCCUGGAUUCACUUCUACCCGCCACUAGCCCAUUCAAGUCUUUGCAAAGCCUGGUUGGUUUUUGCAACAUUAUGUACACGUAUUUGGUCAUUUAUCGGUUCCAUACAUGUGUUCUGUCAAAAAUGUACUACACUCUACAACACAUGUUUGUGAUUUGUUUUCUUUUCAACUUGUAAAUACUUCUAUUUUAUUGCCCCUAUGUUAAUGAACGAAUCAAUAAAAGCUCCUAUUUCAGAGGAAAAAAACAUGUUUAUGGCGAAUUUACGAGCCGUCCAUCCACCUUAAUCGGAUGGUGGAAAAAUAGAAGUUACGACGAGUUACAAAAUGAGAAUUACGGGAAAUUACAUAUAACAGUGGGACCGGUACAUGUUUUCGAUGGGACCAGUUAUUUUUCCGAAGGGUAGAUCCGUCUUGGAAAAUUUCUCUUCCGUUCCGUUCUUACGACAGUUUCCGCGGCCAUCCCCACGCAGAUAAUCCGGUCGCAUAGCCGCCGCCGCCGCCCUUCCCGCCGAUCCCGCGGCGGCCUCAAUCAAGGGAAGCAACCACCGGCCCGCAUCCCUGGUCUCGCUCCUGCCGCGAGGGUUCCAGCCCGGCGGCAGGAAACGGAAACCCUCGGCUGCGGCGUGCCGAUCCCGCCCGAAGCCUCCCUGCCCCAGUGCCUCCUCCGUUGAGCAGACGGUGACGCCCAGCAAGGCCGGCCACCAGUCCGUGGGUAGGCAACGGCAUACAUGGGUGUAGCAGUAUGGGGGGAAUUACUAAUCCGAUCCCAUAUUACCUCCAGCACGGUUCAACUCCUCCCCUUCCCUUCCCCUUUGUGUGAAUCUUCUUCCUUUUUUCUUGUUAUUUGUUCAUAUACGUAUGCCUAUAGUAGUUCAUUGUUUCUCUCUCUGAUCUGUGUGGAAAUUUACUCACCCUCUGUAUCAGUACUAGUUUUUCUUAAUAUUUCUACCACACUGUUCAUAUGGAAUGUAGUUUAGUAAUUCGAUAUCCCAUAUUUGUUCUAUUGUGAAGUCGGUGUUUGCUAUUUCUUCCUACAAAUUUUUUUCCUCAACUAAUCUUUCAGUACAAGGUGACACUUCAGAAUAUUGACAUAGUUACUGAAGUUUGGUAGUGCUGUUUUCAUGUUUUUUAUCAAGUUGACGUGCUAUUUUUUGCAAGCUUUGAUACAAGAUGACAGUUGAUCAAUUGGAAGAACUGAAAGCCCUUUGGUGUGCUUUCUUUCCUGGAACUGAUCUUUGGGGAAUAACAUCUGAAGAAUGGAAAGAGAUUGGUUGGCAAGGAACAGACCCAUCUACAGGUUUUAGGUAUUAGAUUUGUACUUUAUUGCAGUUACUAUACUUUGUCUAAAAGAAGUUACUGUACAUAUGCAUUUCCCGAUCAGUAUUCUGUAGCUAAACUAGGAAACUUGAUAUGUAUGAUUUUUCAUGAGUUGGCAUUAAGAGGUGGAGGCUUCGUCUCCUUGGAAAAUUUGUUAUUCUUCGCCAUGAUCUAUCUGUAAAUUACAGGCAGGCAGGACCCAACAACUGCUUCUUCCAUCAAUUCUUCAAUCUGCAUUCCGUAUUUUUGCUGUUAACUAUCCAUCAGUUCCCAGUUUGCAUAGAGGCUGAACUUCUUGUUUCAAAUAUUUGGAGAACGCUUUUGAUCGAGUGGCAACUUGCAGCACGUAAAUAAUGUACAUUAUAAUGUCACUGAAGGGAGUUUCACAGUUCAUCUUGUAUGUCAUGGACACUGUCAGAUUAUGCUCAAUCCAUUUCAUGCAGUUUACUUU